AUGGCCAAACUCACCACAGUUCUCUCCAUCCUCGCAACGUUACCCCUCAUCAGCUCCUCGAUUCUCCCAAUAAAACAUAAACAACUUCCCCUCUCAGACGACGAUGACAACGACACACCUCUCCCUCUGAUAAUAUGGCACGGCCUGGGUGAUAACUACGCAGCAGACGGCCUCGCAGAGAUCGCUUCACUCGCAGAGGAUGUAAAUCCGGGAACUCUAACCUACAUAAUCCGCAUCGAUGACGACGCUUCAGCAGACCGCUCUGCCACAUUCUUUGGCAACCUAACCCUUCAAAUCGAGAAAGUCUGCGCCGACCUAACAGCCCAUCCAAUCUUAUCAACAGCACCAGCAGUUGAUGCUUUGGGAUUCUCUCAAGGCGGACAAUUUCUCAGAGGGUAUAUUGAAAGGUGCAACUUCCCACCGGUUCGAAGCCUUGUAACAUUCGGAAGUCAGCACAACGGUAUCUCAGAAUUCCAGAAAUGUGGCAGUACCGACUUCCUCUGCCGCGGAGCUCAAGGCCUUCUGCGGUCCAGCACUUGGUCUGCUUUCGUCCAAUCGCGCUUGGUUCCUGCACAGUACUUCCGCGAUCCAAAUCAAUACGAACAAUAUCUUGAGUUUUCGAACUUCUUAGCAGAUAUCAACAAUGAACGAGAAGUCAAGAAUCAAACUUACAAGGAAAACUUGGAGAAGCUGGAGAGGUUCGUGAUGUAUGUGUUCGAGGACGAUGAGACGGUUAUACCGAAGGAGACCAGCUGGUUUGCAGAGGUCAACGGUACGGAUGUGACGCUGUUGAGGGAUAGGGCGAUUUAUAAAGAAGACUGGCUUGGGUUGAAGACGCUGGAUAAGAAGGGUGCGUUGAAGUUUGAGAUGACGGCGGGAGGACAUAUGAGUUUGAGUGACAACUUGUUGAAGAAGGUCUUUUCAGACAACUACGGACCAUACGGUAGGAAACUUGGGGGAAGUGAGCAAAGCAAGGAGGACUUGUAG